AAGCUGAACGCAGACCAGCGCAAGGAGGCAGAGGAGGCCUGCCAGGCGGCACUGAGGGACGAGCUCACUGCACUGGAGUUCCAGAGAGACCUGAUGGUGUCCGAGGUGGAAGACUGGCUGGCAGAAGCAGAGAAAUAUCUCAACUACCUGAAAAUGGAGCUGCCCUCAUUCAAUGCCCUUCAGCACAUGCAGUUAAGGAUUGAGUGGGAGAAAAAGAUCGCAGCCAUUCGGACCUCUCUGGGCACACUGCAGCGUCAGUACAACGAGCAGCUGCAGCUCUUGCAAAGUGGUCAGCAGCUGGACAGUCUGCCCCCAGUGACCCCGCCUGCCCUCCCGCCGGUCCCCACGGUUGAGAUGAAGAUCCAUGCGAUGAUGCAACCCCAACACCCCACUGUUGCCAUGGGCGUUAAACCACCCCCCCACGUCCAGCCGCAGGCCCCCGCUGCCACCCCCUCUCUCUUUUCCACGGCGAUACCCUUCGCAGUGCCACAGCAACCACUGGCCGGCGCCCAGAGGGUCCCCCAGCCGGCCCCCGGCCCCGCCAACACCCCGAACCCCACGUCACAGCCCGCGGGCAAACUGGAGCAGCUGCUGGAGAAGCUGAGGGCGCGAUUCCCGCAGUGCAACAGGUCUCAGCUGACCGCAGUGCUUCAGCAGAUUAAGAUGUCCAGAGGCACCAUGGCAGGCCUCUCCAUGGAGGAGCUGACGCAGCAGGUGGCACAGAGACUGGCACAGAGCGAGACACCCAGACAGUCUCAUGGUCCAAUCGGGCCUCCCUCUGCCACAGCCAGGACCUUUCCCAGCUCAGCGCCCCAGGCCCAUGUCACAGCUCACCUGCCUCACAGAUCACCCGCACCCCAGGCCAUCUUCAACACCAGGCCUCCUGUGGCGGCCCGGCCCAGCAGCAGGAAGCUGUGUCUGGUGUGUCAGAACCAGGUGGAACCCGGGACCCAGCAGGUGUUGAGCUGCACCCAUGUCGUACACAAGGAGCUGUUGCGAUGA